CUUUCGUACCAGCAAUGUAUCACGUCGAACUUCUUCCGAGCACGACAACUCACCUCACUCCGGGGUGGACCUACGUCCCUGACAGGGGCUUCGACCCAUCCAAAGCAGCGAUCACGCCCACCAUCGGCAGGAAACGAGGCAUUCGCGACCCCGGCAGCCGUGGAGACGUAUCAUCAAGACAGGCGAAUGCGAUCAUCCGACAUUUAGCAGAGCUCGAUCGGGAGAAUCACAGGGAUGUCCAUAUUCCGAUUCCCGUGAAACAAAAAGAUGCAGCUGGAAGAGGAACAAGGGGCAAGGUUACCUCGAAUGUGCGCCGUAUCCUUCAAUCGCAGAAAACCUUCCGAAACUAUCUCGACGACGAAGAAGCCGCGUUAGCGCAAGCAGCCCAGUCGACUACGACGCAGCGUCCUCCAGCCAACAAAGUAACAAAACCAUCAUCAUUACGAAGAAGUUCCACACCCGCCACAACGCCCAAACCUGAAUCCUCGCGUCAGAAGAAACCAUCUUCCACGGUACCCGCGUCUCAGAGGGCAUCGGCGACACCUGCAGAACCACCGAGCGCCGCUACCACAGAAGACACGGAGAAGGAGCUAACGAAGGAACCCGAGGACAAGCAAGCACUUAUCAAAACCGAGCACGACAAUGACCCCCUCCUAAAAUCAUUUAUCCCCUCUGCGCCGUCGGAGCGUAUCAUGCAGGCACUUCUUGCGGAGCCGCCAUUGACGUAUAAUGCUUCUCGCGCUGGUCCGCCAGUCACAAUAAAACCGCAGCGGUAUUUCUGCUGCGUGUGCGGUUAUUGGGGCAAGAUCCGCUGCAAGAACUGCCCUUCGCGGACCUGCGGCUUGGAUUGUUACAAACUUCAUGAGGACUCAAGAUGUGGGGCGUUCUAUUAGGCCAUUCAAUCGGAUAGGCUGAAAAAAAAAAAAUACCGGAUGGUCGUUUUUCGCGUCUAGAUCGUCAUAUUGGAAACACCAGACCGCUCUAUGGGAGAAGAUUACACUCGCCCGAAGCAGAUUCCGCUGUUCACAGCCCAAGGUAGACACCAAGGCAUACUCCCAUAACCUCGAGAGAGGGGCUCCACUUUGUGUUCGCGAGAUCAUGAAGUACACGGGCGCUAUUAUCUUAUAGCUGCAGUAUGAGCCAUGUGUCUAUUAUAUUCUUCCGAUAUAUUCCACUACAACUUGAUGAAGCACACAAGAAGCCUUCCUUCAGAUUCGGCGCCUAUCUAACGCUACUAAAGUUGUACGGGUUGAGUAGCUUGUUCGGCAGAAAGACGCUCCGAUGUAUAGGCUGAAGGAAAUAAAGCGUCCGUCUUCAUUCGAACAUAUUCGCGGGGCUCAAAUCCGGCGACUGCCUCAUGCAAGUUCGCACCCCUAACCAUGGGUACUGUCAAUUGAGGCACUCAGAGACGUCAGACCCAUAAAAAGCAGAUAGGAACCAUCUAUCCCAAGCUUAUGAAGUCCUCCGGAAUUGUAAACAAAGGACUAGGACGCAUUUCUAGACCCGGGUGUCGUUUCCCAAUAUCCAGCAAAUAGCGUGAAAAUACAGCGCUAAUAUCACUACCUCGAUGGAAGAAAGAUGUAUAGCUUUCGAUUUCUAUCAUACUAAAAUGUAUAUGCAUGUAUUUAUGUAAAUA